AAAAAAAUAAAAAUUAAAAAAAGUUAUGACGUAUGGUGUGUAUAUAUGUACAAAUUGCUUGGGUUGCAUUGCAUUUGGCUUCGCAAUCCUCUCUGCAUUCUCUUGCUUCCAAUUCGGGGUCCCAAAACGAACGGACGAAAUGGGUCGUGGCAUCAGCGCUGGUGGCGGACAGAGUUCAUUGGGUUACCUGUUUGGAGCUGGAGAGACCACUAAGAAUGCGCAAGUUGCCCAGAACCAGGAGCCAGCAACAAACAACGGGCCUUCUCCGUCUCAAAAGCCUGCUGCUGCUGCUUCACAACCAAUUGAAAAGCAGAUUCCAGCAGGUGUUCAGGGUCAUCUUACAAACAAUUACUUUCGGGCCGAUGGUCAGAACUGCGGCAACUUUAUUACGGAUCGGCCUUCUACCAAAGUUCACUCUGCCCCUGGUGGUGGAUCUUCUCUUGGGUACCUCUUCGGUGGUGGUGGUGGAAACUGAUAUCUGUAAUCCUCAAGAAUGCAGAGGUUGCACUAUGACCAGAAACCGUUUAUUAUUGUGAAAUUUAGUAUCUCUUGUAUCAGACAGGGAAAAAAACUUUGUCCUUCUUCAAUGUAAUGUAUGCUCGAUGGAAUUCAUGUGGUUGGACAUACUUGGUCAUGGAUGUUAUGUCAAAUGAUCGCUCAAAUUCAGUA